UCGGAACACUGUUUGCAUUUGGCUCUCCUCUGAAAUGUUUUGAAAUCGUCAAGGCGGUUUCGUCUAAACAAAGCAUAUAGUUAGAGGUUUGAGAUUCAAUAUGUUCGGCAAAAUUUAAAUAACUUGCGUCUCAGUGAACCUGUCUUAACCUUGACAUGUCAUCGCCGAUAUUAUUAGCGAAUGCGUGGAAAUGAAGAAAUCAACAUGGCCGACACUCAAGAAUCCGGAGGAAUGGAAAUGAAACGAAAGCAGUGCGAGUCGUUUACUAUUGACUUUGUUCAAGGCGGUGGACAGAAAGAGAGUCUUCAAGAUGCAUUUCUUAAAUUUCAGAAAGAUAAACAGACUUCAAAUGGAAAGAAGGAAAUCAAAAACCAAAGGAAAAUGAAGCGAAAAAGAAAGAAAAAACAGCGAAAUCGGCAACACAUGCAGAAACUAAGGGCCAAGUUUAUGGCACAGACGAAGAAGUAUUUUGGUACACCCUAUGCAAAGCGUUAUUGGACACCUGAUGAUGAGGAGUAUUAUUCCAAGCGGUUCCUGGACUGCUGUGGGCUGGUGCGUCAGGUUAUGCUGGAUCUGAGGAAGGAGUUUGGGUUUCGUAUCGGGCCGUGGAACCAAGCCUACAUGUACGACACACUGCCUAUCACCAUUGAGAGAGAGGAAGACAUGAAGCCAGGGGACCUAGUCUUCAUCUCGGGGAUUUACCCUAAUCCCAAAUCUCGGCAGCAGAAGCAUAAUAUGACCCACGUGGAGAUCUGGGCGGGGGACGGGUGUAAGACGAUUGGUGCCCGCUGGAACAAGGGCAAGGUUCAGGUGUUUGACCACUACAAGUUCCAACCCAAGAGCUUCCACAGCGAGCAGUACAUCUUCAAGUCCAUCGACACCUGGUUAGCAGGCACAUGCAAAAGCCACUGCCAAGAACACAAAUGGAAGAGAAGGAAGUUCAAUCCUAGCAAGAAGUCUGUGUUUGCUAUGGGUGCUGACAAAAAGGACAAGACUACAAACCAAGAGAAGGGGGAUCAGGAGAAAACAGACAAACAAAAUGAGGAGGAGAAGGCAUCAGGAGUUGUAGGGGAGGGCGAGGGGCAUGUAGAGGGGGCUCAGUGGACAGGGGAAGAAGAGGGGGUGGGGGCUGAAGGCUCCGGGGGAGAGGAGGAGGAGGAGGAAGACUUUGGUCAACAGGAUGAGGAUUUUGAUGAUGAUGGGGAGGAUGAUGAAGAAGAAGAAGAAGAUGAUGAUGAUGAUGACUUUUUAUAUGAACAAGGAGAUGACAGUCAAGAAGACGAGGAUGAUAUUAAUGCCACACCCCUUGGACUGCAAAGUCAAAUUAUGUCCAAGAACAGCUCUGUGGCUUCCAUGCUGAACUAUGUCAGUGUGAGUGAUUCUACAACCGAGACAUCAACACCGACCAAUCCAUCCACAGAAUCUAUACGAAAGGGUGACUUAGCUAUUGAGGUCAGUAAAUGUGUCAUCGUGGACAAAAACGACAAGAACCUGAACAACAGUGCCAGCAGCAGUAACGCGGACUCUGUGUUCUCUAAAGCUACUAACUCCAUGCUGAAGGGGAGAGGCAGCCAGCUAUCAGCCCAACAGAACAACCAGGUCAAAGAUGCUGCGGCAGAGAAGAAAAAUGAGGGAGCCUCCGGAAGUGAACCAGUAAAACCAGAGAGCACCGACUCUGGUAAAGCCACCCCAAACAAAACCGAGACCUCAACCGGUAAAACUGAAAAACCUGCUCAAGAGAAGACCGCUGACAGCAAAACAGCCAAACACGACAGUGGACUGAACCCAGUAAAAAGUGAGUCUGCCAAAGAUGCCAAAGAUACCAAGGAGGAUUCUGCCAAAGAGAGGCCGAGCAAAAAGUCCUCGUCACACACCCGCUCCACAAAACUACCGAGUUGUAGCCUGCCGGUCAACAUGCAGCCCACAUUCUAUGUGGGCGGAGGAAAUGGAGUGUCAUUGGUUGAGGCGCCCCUUCUUGGUCUGGGAUGGAAGCGAACCAAUGACAAAUACGAUGAGAGGUUUCGCCUCAAAUGGGUGGAGUGCAAAACUAGAAUCAAUUACGGUGCUUUCAAAGAAGGGGAACAGCUAGUGAACCACAUCCCAAACGGCAACCUGUUAACCAACAAACUCGGCCUACUCAACAGCCUGCAGGAGUAUGAGCGAGUCACCAUGAGUACCAAAGGUCGGCCACCAAGGUUACGCUUCACCGACUUUGUCCCAGAAACCUACAGAUUUGAUGAGAAACAUGACCGAGAAGCUUUCAUGGAAUGCUAUAAGGACAAUGAGUUAUGGAUCUGUAAGCCAACAGGGAUGAACCAGGGAAAGGGUAUAUUCAUCAUCCGGAGUCGUGAGGAGCUGGACAAGCUGAUCGAGGAGAGAGAGCAGAGGCGAGAACAGUUAGCCAAGUCCUCAAAGCCAAUGAUGACACGCAUCGUACAAAAGUACAUUACCAACCCCUUGCUUUUAGACGAGAGGAAGUUUGACAUCCGUGCCUACAUGCUGAUCGCCAGUACAACUCCCUAUUUGGUGCUAUAUCACAAAGGUUAUGUGAGACUGUGUUGUAAUAAAUACAAAGAGGACUCGAAGGAACUCUCAACUCACCUCACCAACCAGUUUGUCCAGAAGAAGGACCCCAACUACAAGGACGUGAAGGAGGACACGGCCUGGAGUAUGGACAAGUUCAACCAGUACAUCAACGAAAACGUGGCCCCCCACAAGGAGAUAGAGCAGGACUGGGUCUACAACACACUCACUAAACAAAUGCAGAAGAUUAUGAUCCACUGCUUCAACAGUGUCAAACACAAGCUGCAGUCCAGGGUGGGCUUCUUUGACCUUUUUGGACUGGAUUUCAUGGUGGAUACAGACCUUAAGGUAUAUCUGAUAGAAAUCAAUGUGAAUCCAGCACUCCAUACAAACUGUGAGGCUCUAAAGGAAGUCAUUCCAGGGGUGGUCGAGGAAACCCUCUAUGUGACCAUUGAAUGCUUUGAGAAAACACGCAAAAACCAGCAAUUACUGCCUUUGAACUCAAUGAGGAACUUUUCCAUUCUGUAUUGUGGUUCUCGACCAUACAACAUGCCUUCCAGACCGAGUCGCAGCGUUUCUCCCUCCAAGGACACCAGCACCCAAGAGAAGCGGAGCUCCAUCUCAAACACCGCUGCCCCUGGGGCUCCGCGAUCCCUACAUCGAUUCAGCACCACCAGCACACCCGUCGUAUCAGCACCACCAGUAAGUUCAGUUUCUAAAUCAACUCAAGAAAAGCCUCUGGCUGAGAAAGUAACGACUGAAAAAUCCACCGAGAAAAGUUCCAUCGAGAAGAAGCAGCCCACGGUUGUCGACGUCCAUAGGGUGCCGAAUCCCAACGCCAAGCUCUCAGACAUGGUGUCCUUCUCUUCUUCCACACUGCUGGCUGAAGCUGGCAACUUGUUGGGACAGACUACCAAUGUGCUGGACGAGACAGUUAAACUUAAAAUGGUUCACGGAGAUGAAAAACAACCUGGGGAAGACGAGAAGCUCAAAAAGGAGGACAGUAAUGUAAAGGAGAAAGCAAACUCGGUGGAAAAGAGCUCAGAGGGAGUGGUACUGAAUCUGGCUCCGCCCGAAAAACAGCCGAGUGUGAUGGUGGAGAAAUCUAAUAAGACAAGUACUGCUGAUGCACAACCUGUGACCUCUAACACUAAAACCACCUCUAGCACUUCUAGCACCUCUAACACCAAACCCAAACCCUUCGUUGGUCGGGUGGCUGCUAACACCAGCACAACUUCUGCUCCUGCUACCUCCUCUCUCUCCUCCACCACUAAAUCUAGUCCUGGUGACUUCAAUUCCUCAGCAACAACCUCAAAGCCAGGACUGACUGAGAUCACACCCAAACCAGCCUACCCGUAUGUUAUAGCCACUAGCACUACUAGCACUAAUGACAUAGCCUCUAAGAAUGUUUCAAACUUCCCUCUGAUUACAAACAAUGGAAAUACAAGUAAAAGUGCUCGCCAUAGUUCAUUAUCUCAAUCCCUUCGUAGAGACACAAGUGGAAAAGUCUCCAACUCUGGAGGCCUGAGUUCAAAUCCCUACAGUCUUAGCAGCUCCCUAGGAAAGCCUCAUGGUUCUGCUGUGUACCUUAACACAGCCACCUCUCGAUCUCUAAAUGUGACAGGAUCUAAUGCAUUGUCUACUGCAAAUUCACACUCCAACAGUGCCAAAAUAAUGACUGUUCCAUCUAUUACAAUUUCAGAACCUGGUCCUAAAACCAUAGCAACGCUGACUCUGACCAGUUCCAGAGCCGGAUUCCUGGGCCGGAGCGACGUCCGAUCCGGACUCAGACGCAGCCGGGACAGGGACAAACCGGACAGGGGGAAUUGACUACUACGCUACUCUAAGUACAGCUGGGGAUGAUCCCAGGGAAAACAAGGGAAAUCCCUGGGGAAAAUCAAGGGAAAUAACCUAGUGUGUCUCAAUAUUCAAAUUAUCUGUGAUAUUAUCUUGGACUGUGGAUUGUAGUGAUUCUGCCAGCAAUAGUGGUGGAGUACUUACAAAAACUUAUGUGCAGUCAUUGGAUAGAAGACAGAGAUAAAAUCCAGGGGCAAUCAAGAAACACCCCAUCAAAACUGUAUAGAGACAGUCACACAUCGUGGCUGCAUCAGUAUAUACUUACAAUAUGUUAUAUUUUACUGAUACUCAUUACAGCAGUAUAUCAUUUUACAGAUUUUUAACACCCCAGCAAAAAACAUGUACAUGGUUUUAGAAAUUUAACUGUAAUUCAAUAUAAUUAAAGUAUUAUUUUCACAAUUUUUUUUCCACCAAACAUAGUCCUUCAUUUGAUGUAGAAAUUAACAGAAUUGUUACACCAGGUCAUUGUCAUAGUGUACAAUCAUUACCUUACUGUAUAUCUUUUUUAACUUUAAUGUAAAAGAGCUGCUCACAAUGACAUGUGAUGCUAUAGAACCUUAUAAUCAUAGUAUCCUAUGAUUGCUGUCAUGUUUCUGUGCCAAAUAUAUGAAUGGAGAAGAAUUGUCCGAGUUUAAGGUAUUUAUUCACUAGGAGAAGAAACGUCUCUGUUUAAGGUACUUAUACACUUUGACUCCUGUCAUCCGACUGUGAUAUUUUGUGAUACUAGUGGUGGAUGCUGAAUCAUUUUUGAGCCGUUUACAAACUUUGUUCAUCAGUGAUAUAGCCUUGACCUCUGACCCUCGCCAAUCGCGGUGCAUUAUGUGGAGGAAUUCGUGGCUUUUGUGGUACCACUUUUCAGAUUGAAUGAGUGUGUUGCGUUGAAUGUGGUACAUGUUUAGUUGCAUUACUUUGUUAUGCCUUAUUUAAAUUUUUAAAUAAAUUAUUAUUAUAAAGA